UAGUGGCGAGCGUGUGAACACUAGGAAGAAAUCUGAAAAAAGAAAAAAAUAUAUUGAUAGUAGUCAAGAAAAUAACUCGGAUACAUGUUAUUUAUGUGAUUGCUUUGGGAAUCUCAUGGUGAAGCUAUGUUAUAUAAUAACAACUAUAAUACGCCAGAAGCACCUCAAAACUUUUUUCUUAUCCCUCUUCCUGAUUCCUUACCCGCUACUUUUGAUGAAGUUACUGAAACUACCUUAAACACACCCGGUCUUAUCAAGGAAACCGCUUCUACUGUGCUAAAUACUUCUUUUUUAAUUUCCUCUGGAGGUACGUGUCUAGCAGCUUCAAGUUCAAGCGCUUCCAGUUCUAAAAAGUCGGUUUGUGGCCCUAAGAGCGCUUUGACUUCUUUUCUAGAAGAAAGGGGUAUUUCCGCCCAAGAAAUCCGCAGGAGGCAUAUGAAUCAAUACAGCAGAAGCCGAGGGCCUUCCUCAGUACAACAGAAUUUAGCGAUCUCUUUUGAUCAUGUUAACCAAUCUUCUGUCGCCAGCAAUUCUCCGCAGAAGGAUGACUCAGGCUCAGAUAUUAAAAAUUCGGUGAAAGUCAGGGUUAAAAAAAAGAACUCUGACGAUACUAAAAGCGACAGUGAUGGGAGCGAUAACCCUUCUUCUAUUUUUUGCGUGAUGUGCCGACGUCCUCUUCCCAACAAUAUGCUUAUGAGCGAUAUUGAUCCAAGGGCCCCUAAAUGUUCUUUGUGCUGGUCCAUCUUAAGUAAAAAGAUGAAAUCUCGAAAAGGUGGUGUUAAAAGAAUGAAGAAUAAAUGUAUCGUCGCUGGCACUAUUCGCCAGACUACCCAUAUUCCUACUCUUCAGGAUAUCUGCGUCAAGUUUAUAGGAAAAAAUAUAAAAAAUGUUGAAACAUUUGGGCAUAUUGGUUCAAAAGCUCUCAACAUUAUCUGCUCUUGCUUGUGCAAACUUCGUCUUCUAAACGAGGAAACCUUUCGGCUUUUCGUCGAAUACCCGACUACCUCCUUGACACUUUAUGACUGCGCUAAAUUAACUCGUGAAAACCUAAAAAGUAUUGGCUGGAAUCUUCCAAAACUCGUGAGUUUGACUUUAGAAGAGUGUGGCCAGCUGGACGACGAAAUAUUAAAAAGCCUUUCUAAUUGUUGCCCUUUGAUUACUCGUUUUUGUUUGAAUGGCGCCCACUUAGUUAGCGAUGAAGCUCUUUCCUCCUUUAUUGCUUCGCGCGCUCUUACUGAGUUCGAGGUGUCUUAUAACUCAAAUAUUGCAGAGCGCACUGUCAGAGCUCUCUUCAAGGAAGGAAAUAAGUUGAGCAAGCUUUGCAUCGCGAAGUGCGCCAACAUUAAAGAUUAUUGCUUUUCUGGUCGUCUUGACUCCUCCUGCUUGAGCGCACUCACAUACGACGGACUUGCCAUCUCGAGCGACGCAUACAAAAUCCUAAACCGCGCUUCUUCUGAAUUUUACAGCUUGAAAGUGGUUAAUUGUUCCCCGCUGGUGGAGAACUCUUUGCCUAUAAUAAAUAAAAUUUUACCCAAGUUAACGUCGUUGGAGUUGGACUUGAGAAUUUUUUCAAGUGUGGACAAAAUAAAAGCUUUUCUUAAUGAACUUACUGAGUCCACUCGUCUUGAAAAAUUAUUUCUUUAUCACUGCGCGGCGUUAGACGAUGGGAUGCUAUGCGCCAUUUUAAAGGAAAACGCCGGUAGGCUUACAUCUUUGACCAUGAGUGAAGGAACCGAGCUUACGGUGGGAUCCCUUUCUCUACUAUCCAGUUGCCGGCUACUGGAGAAGCUGGACCUGUCCUGGUGCGGAAGAGUCAAUAACGAGAUAGUAGCGAGUGUUGUGCGCAAGUGCGAGAGGUUGCAGGAAGUUGCGCUUUGGGGCUGCCACCGGAUCACUGAAAGCCUUUGCGCAUACACGAAGGGGAGGGUGGACAUCAAGGGAGCCAUGUUUGCGUGACGGAGCCUUUAUUUACUCCGUCG